GCAAGAUGCACACAUAGUAUGCUAUCAUACAUCUUUGAAUAUUGGACGAAGUUAUAUGAUGUCAACAAUGACUAUAUAUCCUGGUACUAUAUGUUUUCAUCUUCUACUAGUGGCGUCUACCUGCGUCCACAGACCAGGAACAUUGCAACUACUGUAGUAAUAAGAGACACAUACGCAAUCUCUCAUAAAAUUCAUCCGAGGUUCAUCAAAUUUGACAAAAAGUAUUUACAACGUAGUACUUCUGAAGCCUCUCCCUUCCGAUUUGUUUGAUUCUGUAGUUAUUGGCCUUAUAAAACUUGCGUCGACGUUGUCGUAUAGACACAAGAUGUAUAUCUAUUCGUUCUGAUAGUAGUUGAUUUAUGAUACGUUUGUUGAGGACUGUAUAUAACUUGUCACCAACCUCCGGAUCACAUAAGGUAGCUUACUUUGUGUACGUUUUGAAAGAUCCGGUAGAUUCCUGAUUAAAGGCCGGGUAAACACCAAUUGCAUACCACUGGAGUCUUAUUUAUAGAAGGUUGUGUAGUAGUAUUAGAUGUCUCUUUUUGAUAUUGUGCUUAUUAUACUUCCAAUAUGUCAUCACCUAAACGUGAAUCCGCCAACAAUGCUCUAAAUAAAGGAUCAACUGCUGAAUGUCUAACAGCCACCGCUGCUAAAGAUGAAAAGGUUCAGCCAAAAUUACCCCGUAUGUUUACUCAUCAGGUGCUCAUAGGGUUUCUCAAUGACAUUUUUUCAAUGUGUACAUUUACGAGGCGCCCUUCUAUUUCGGUGAAGUUAGUCGAUCUUAUUGAAUCGGGACCAUUCACGGAUCGGGAGUACAUGCUUGUAUUGCGUUUCGAGAAGAAAGGGGUGGCUUACGAACUUUUGAGCCAUGAUUUCGCAGCUGCAAUUAAAGGUUACAACACAGCGAAGGCGGAUGAGCUAUUGCAUAAGGCUGAGACACUAUCUGUAGGUGUGGCAUCUGCUCUGGUUAGCAGCCUAUCCAAACCCACCGUUUUCCACCAAAUACCUACUUCAAUAUUAAAGAAUUUUGUUCCUAAGGGAUUGAACCGUGGAGGUCUUUGGGCAUACAUGUCACUGCCGUCCUUUUUGGGCGGGGGCGUAAGAGAUGAUAAGGUUGUACGGGAGCGUAUGGCACGAAUAAUCAACUCAGCUAACGAGGGAAUUCGUCCAAUUACGGGUGCUACAAUUGUUUCACUUUUGCGUAUUUUAUAUUAUAUGAAAGCGGAGACAUUUUUACGCCCCGUUUGCGUUGCCCUAUGCCAAGAAUACAUAGAAUGCUGCAAUGAUAUCAUUAGCUCACCACCGGUCUUACAUUUUGGCACGUCAGCUGGAGUUUUCACAAAUGAGUUUUUACUGCAACAUGUUAGUACCCACUUGAACAAUGUGAACGUUCUUGGAAUGUUGUCAAAUGAAGACCUUGUAUUAUUAAUUGCCUCUUUCAAGGGUUCAUCUACAUUGAACUUAACAUACGUAAGGAAAAUUCUAAUGUUACUGACCGAAGAGGCUGAGUUUUUAAGUGCUGAGUGCGCGUUAUCAUUGAUUUGUGUUUUGGUAAAAUUAGGUUACAGUUUUGAUACAAAAACAGCGUUGACACGUCUGAUUUUAUUCCGUUUGGCUUCUGCGAUUGAGGAACUUCCAAAGAGAAGUUUAAUACUAUUAUCUGGCCUUGGUCUUGUGCGUUCUGAUUUGCCUCAUUACAACAUUGUAUUGGACAAUGUCUUACUCAAGUUUCACUUAAUUGAUCCCAAUGACUUAAUAUUGAUUGGUGCUUCAUAUGCCUACGCCAAGCAUCUUUUUGCACAUGAUGAUGCAUUACGUUUAACGGAACCAAGGAGCAAUCACAUUUUUCAUUGUUUGGAAUUUUAUGUUAACAAGGCAUUGUGGACUACAUUGCUAGAGAAUGAGCGUUUAAUUCCGUUUAUGUUUGAUGGAGAUUCUUUAACGAAGAAUAUAGAACAGAAGAAUGACUCUAAACUCACGAACUCAUGGACUACGCGCAGUGCCACCGAACGAUCUUCACGCAGAGGUUUCGGUUCUAAUUCAACUGCUCCAAGCGCAACUAAAGAAGAUUUGAAAUUCGAAAGACUGAGUAGUAUGGCUCCUUCUAGUAAUUCCUCCAAGCUGUAUUACUUGAAUUUGGUUGAAGACAGUUGUUUGAGGUUCGCUGAGCUUGAUUUUAAUGCAUUGUGUCUAAUUUUAUUUUCACUCCUAGUAUCGAAUAUCGAUGUUUCUCCCAUUCAUGAGGCUACGUUAGUGGCUCAGGGUUUUAUGCUACGCAAGGGUUUGAAUCCAGUACAAAUUAAAGAGGUUCCUUCUUCUGAGUCUGGACGUCAACAUAAGCUAUGUUAUGAGAUAUUACAAUAUGCCCAGCACCCUAAUAAUGCCGAAUCACCCCUUAUGUUUGACAACAUCCGGGCGUAUUAUCCUCCUGUUGAAGUAAUUCCUGCCGUUCCCGUGGCGCCUACUGUUGUGUCACCUAUAGCAAUCGCUGCCACACCAAGCAACGGAUCUGAUACACCAAUUUUAUCUGCUCCAGAUUUAAAGCACUCGGCAGGGAUUUCUGAAAAGGCGGCCUCUCCUAUAUCAUCGCCUAAGUCGCAGUCAACAUCACCUGGACCGACUCCAAUACCAGAAAUCAAAGUUGACGAUCAAGUGUUCCACGCCAUUUCUUCUCUUACAUCGGCUCUGAAAGGUAAAACAGGAAAUACAACUUUGACACCUGAAGAUGUACUGCGUAUGUACGUUUCCGUAUUGUUUUCUCAUGGUGACUCUACAACGUCAAAGGCAGAUGACAGUGAGUUGGAUACGCCACGUGAAGCAGGUACAUCGCAUAUAGCCGGUGGUAAUACAAAGGAUAAUGAGUUAUCUCAUAAUUCCCAGAAGGAUGUAAAGGCGGCGCACGGACCUACCCAUGCCGUUGAUUCUACUAAGGGAUCAAAAAGGCAACCUGUCUUAUCUGAUAACGAAUGUAAAUACAAAUUAUUCUUCUCUAUUCGCCCGGUUUGUUAUUACCGCGCCAAGUUAGUGAAGCGUCGUGCUGCUGUUCGUUAUACAUAUGUCAAGGUUAACACACGAUUCCGUUGAUAAACAAGCAUAGAUGAUUUAAAACCAUUCACCGGCUAGAGUGGAAUGUU